AUGUCUCCGCCGGAGCCCUUUACUGUGAUCACGAAGGUGCCAAUCCCCGACUCCCUACCGCCCGCCAGGGUCAUCGCCGCCCUGCAGACAUACGAGGCACUCAUCACCCCGAAUCCCUACCUGCUGCGGUAUGAACGACGCCCCGUCAAAGUGGAGGAAGUGGUCAAUGACCCCUUCUUCCUCGAAGACGGCAAAAAACUGCAGGCCUUCGUUGUCUCUGAGCGCGUGCCCAUCAUCCCAGGCGUCGGUUCAUGGGCUACCAAAGACAUAGCCAUCCCUUGCGUGUUCCAGAGCUUUGAGGGGGCGUUACGGUGCGGAGCAGCUAUGAGGUGA